AACUGCACCCUCCACAACUGGAGAGCCCACGACUGCAGCCUCCACAACUGUAAUAACUACAACUGCAGCCUCCACAACGGCAGAACCUAUGACUACAGCCUCCACAACUCCAGCCUCCACAACUGCAACCACCACAACUGAAGUCGCAACAACUGCAGCUCCUACAACUGCAACCCCCAUAACUCCCACUAAUGUUACAACUGCAACUGCACCCUCCACAACUCGAGAGCCUACGACUGCAGCCUUCACAACUGCAACCCCCACAACUGUAGCCCCCUCAACUGUAACAACUACAACUGCAGCCUCCACAACUUCAGCUCCUACAAGUGCAGCCUCCACAACUUCAGUCUCCACAACUGCAACCACCACAACUGAAGUCUCAACAACUGCAGCCCCAACAACUCUAACCCCUUCAACGACCCUGAUAUCGACUCCAGAAGAACCACCAUCACAGGGUUUAUCACUGGCACACCUACAGAUGAGAUUAACUACCUUUGGGGAUGUCAGCAAUGGAACCAUUAUUGCACUUGUUAAACAGUUUUUUGGUGACCAGCUCCCGAGUGGAACAGCCCACACAGUUACCGUGACAAACCUUCAAAGGGUUCAAGUGUCCCCAUAGAAACUUCAUGUAGAUGUAUAAUGACAGAACUCAACAUUUUCAUCAUAUCAGGAAAGAGUCUUUCAUUUGUUUAUAUUGUUUUCAGCUUGUGCACAACGUAUUAAUUGUCAUUGUACUCCAAUAUGUUGCACUAUUCUCCAAAUCACUCUUAGUUGCAAGAGACGGUGUGUUUGAUCAAAGUCAAAGGCUUAGAUUUUAGGCUCACACCCCCCUCUUAUGUUUUCUUUAUGAUCUUUCUAUAUGAACUAAAUCUGAUUAAAACACUUUCUCUCUCUAUAUACCUUAAGACCCAUUUUCACUUUUAACCAAACAAUAUUCUUGUGUGUGCUUUAUUUCCCGGAAUGUGAAAGGUGAGUUAGUGUAUUAGGCUCAAGUGUCAAAUGAAUUGCACAGUACAAUAGGAAGCUCUAACCCACCAUCUGAACAGUCAAAGAGGUUUUAAGAGGUGGUAAUACAUUCCCAUGCUCUGAAAUUAAAGGAGCAGCUGCCAUGGUGACAAGUCUGGUAACCAGGAAACUAUCCUAGUAUAUAAAUAUUAUGACUCCUCCUUUUAACCGUGCAACGUUUCACACUAAAUCUAACCCCAGUUAGAGCCCUGUUACAAUGUUUGACUAUUGUACACCAAAUGAAUGGCCUGUUAAACAGUACUUCCAAAAUGUAACAAAAUAUUAUGUGUAUUGAAUGGGAAUUUGUUUUGCUUUGCACCGUCAAUAAAACGUAAUUAUAUAUAUAUAUAUAUUUAGCUUAUGGAAUUUGUCUUUCCAUUUAAUUGGAAAACCAGAAUAUGAAUGGACUGCUUUACUCCAACGGGUGGCACUUGCCUUUAUGUGGUGGUGUCAGUGAGGAGGACGCUGUGAUGCACAGCAAGUAUCAUGGACAACGACUCUCACGCUCUCCAACAUGUGAUGUAACGUAAUGGAGCCUAAAGGGCAACACAUUGCACAAUAGGUGCAAUACAUAUUGAAAUUGUUUAAUAUACAUGUACCUGUAGAAAUGUAAUAUUGUACAAACAUAGCUAUAUGACACUUUUCAUAUAUAUCUAUGUUUAAUGAGUUAAUCAUAGAUAUACAGUAUGAGAAGUGUCACAUAGCUAUUUUUAUGAUCAUGAAGUAACCUGAGUUAAGAGCAACUUGUGAUCCUUAUCUUUAACCACCUUUGUUAAUAUUUUUGCAUUGUCUAUAUUUUACACUUGCACCUUUGUUGGUAGUUUAUAUUUCCUCUAUGUCUUACUUUACAUUAUAACUGCUGCACAGCAUUGAAUCAAGAUGUUCUUAUGAAAAGGGUAGAAAAAGGUUUUAUAUGUUUUUAGUAAAUAUGUUUUGAUUUUAUGCAUUCAAAUUAAUACAAGUAUAAAUUACCCCCUACAGGUUCUUCUGUAUUUAUAUUUGUUAUGGAGAAAAUAAUGUCUAUUAUUAUAUGAGUUGGCAAAUGUCUUGCAAUGUGUUUAAAUCAUAGUAACAUUUUCAUGCAAUAGGAAAAGUUAUUAAAAACUAAUAUCACUCAUAACAAA